AUGGCCGGAUGUUACGAGGGCUUCGCGCAGCAGUUAUGUUGCGGUUUCUCCUCCACGAGCUGUUCAUCCAUCCUCACAGGAGGACAGAGCAUCUGGGGCGGCUACUUUGAGGACGAGUUCGUAUCCACGCUCAAGCACGAGCGGAGGGGCUGCCUCUCCAUGGUGAACACGGGGCCGAACACGAACGGCUCUCAGUUCUUCAUCACGUACGCCCGCCAGCCACACUUGAACGGCGUUUACACGACGUUCGGCCGUCUCAUCGACGGCCUCGACACAUUAGACAAGAUUGAGAAGGAGCCUGUGAAUGCGAAGAACAAGCCGCAGCGACCAAUCAAGAUAGAGAGCAUUGUGAUCCAUGCCAACCCCAUUGCAGAUGAGGAGGCGCAAGGCUGA